CUUUCUCGGCUGAACUGUGCACAGCCGGUAUUACGGCAGCUCGCACAGUCCUUCGGCUCUCUAAAUUCCACGCUAAAUAUGGCCACACUCUCUUUCUCACCGACAACCUCGAAUUCCUCGCAUACCCUCUCCGCCCAAUCUGCGCACCCGCCUCCAAUGAACCUUUCCAACCCAGGCCAGCUAGCCUUAAUAUCGAGCCUAUCUACCGCCCCGCACACAUUCCUCCAACCGCCCCGCGAUUUACAUGAUGCAGCACUCGCCCUCGCGAAAAGAUUUCUUGACCCGCUAGCAGCGGGGGUGAGCGAAACACAUGCACAGCGACAAAAAGAGGAGCGGAAGAAGAGGAAGAGAGGCGAGUGGGAUCAUUCGGAUUCCAGGAUGCUGAAGAUAAAGAAGGUACACUUGGAUGGAUUUGGGGUGGAGCAGGUUUGGGAGCAGGCGAGACGGGUGCUGGAUGCGACCAGAGAGGAGGUGGAGAAAGCGUUGCCAGAUGAGGACGAUGUUGUUUAUAUGAAUGGGACCUCGGGAAUAGAAAAUGGCAUGAAAACUAUUCGGUUUGACGAGGAUGGGUUUGAGAUGAGUGGGGAGGACGAAGAUCUCAUGGAAGAUGUCGAUUCUGAUGAAGAGGAUGAGGGCGGAUCAUCUGAGGAGGAGUCUGGAAGUGAGGGAUCUGAGGUCGAAGAUGUUGAGGAGCUCGAAGACGAGGACAUGGGCUCAGACAAUGAAGAUUUCGAUGACGAGAUUUCUCAAGACGAAGAACCGGCCGACGAAUUUAUACCCGACCCUAAUGGGCUUAAUGAUGGAUUCUUUUCUAUCGACAAUUUCAACAAGCAAUCGGCCUUCCUGGAACAGCAAGACAUAAGAGGGGAGGCGGCCGCAAGUGAUGACGAAGAAGUAGACUGGGAUGCCAAUCCACUGUCUGGAGUCAAUGGUGGCUUUGAAGAUGCCGGUCUCGAAGGUGAAGCCGGAAACGAAGAGAGCGAUGAUGAUGACGAAGAAGGACCAACUUUCGGUCAUGUCGACUUGAAUGCACCAGAAGGCGAGAGCGACGACGACGAACCUCUAGAAGAUGGCGACCUGGAUGACCUUGGAGGUAUGACCAGCACCAACAAUAUCAUGUAUGCCGACUUCUUCGCUCCGCCUGCCCAAAAAGCAAGCAAAAGCAAAAGGAAAAGUGGACGCCCAAAUGCUCACAAUUUUCCCGCGGCGUCUGAUCCCCAAAUGACUGCCCCAGAAGACAACAUAGAGCGUACGAUGGCUGCCGUUCAUCGAGAUCUCUUCGAAGACUCAGACGGAGCGGAAUCUAAUGGUGAUCUGUCAGACUUAGAUCCCGCAGACCCCAAAUCCCGCCGAUCAGCUCAUCAACGCAGGCAGGCUAAGAUUGCAGAAGAGAUACGGAAACUCGAAGCAGUUAAUGUCGCCAAACGGGAUUGGACACUCUCUGGAGAAGUACGAGCCGUCGAUCGCCCGAUAAACUCUCUUUUGGAAGAGGAUCUUGAAUUCGAGCGUGCAGGCAAGCCAGUUCCUGUCAUCACAGCCGAAGUCAGCGAAGACAUCGAGGCACUCAUCAAACGACGCAUCAUUGCCGGCGAAUUCGACGAAGUGCGGAGACGACGGCCAGACGAUUUGGCUACAGGUUCAGGCGCGAGGAGAGGCAGAUUCGAGCUGGACGACUCCAAGUCUGCCAAGGGCCUCGCCGAAAUCUACGAGGAGGAUCAUCUUCGCAAGAACGACCCGAACUUUGUCGACGCCAAAGACGAGAAAUUGAAAAAGGAGCACGCGGAGAUUGAGACGCUGUGGAGGAGCGUGUCAGGGAAAUUGGACACUCUAUGUUCGUGGCACUAUAAGCCGAAGCCGGCCGCGCCGAGUCUCGAGGUUCGUGUCGACGCUCCGGUAAUCCAGAUGGAGGAUGCUAGGCCGACAACUGGCGGUGAGGCCAACAUUAGCAUGCUGGCUCCGCAAGAGGUGUACAAGCCUGGUGUCGAAAGGACGAAAGAAGAGGUCGUUACAAAGGGUGGACUGCCGGUUGCCCGCGACGAAAUGUCGAGAGAGGAGAAGCAGCAGAGGCGGCGAAGGGAGAAGGAGAGAAUCAAGAAGGCUGGAAAGAAUGAGGGCGGAAAGGCGAACCAGGAGAGCAAGAAGAGCAAGGAGAAGAAGCAACUUCUUGGAGACUUGAAGAAGGGGAGUGUUAAGGUCAUUGGCAAGCGGGGCGAGCUGAGGAAUGUUGAGGGUAAGGAGGUGAAGGAGGCAGCGAGGGUUGGUGGUGGAAGCUACAAGCUUUGAUAUAGCCACUCGUAGUUUGUGUGCUUUCAAUACGUCAACAAGCGUUUUGUGCUGAGCCUUUAUACCCAUCGUGCCACAUAGAACCGUACCUUUCUUCUACUUUUCAGGCGUCACCGCAAGCGCUCAAGAUAUUCGUAUUAAGAACAUGUCACAUUUGACACAUUCAAAGGGAGUGUCAAUACAAAACAAGUCUCUAUCAGUUUGUCCAUCUUCGGACGGAGUCACGC